AUGCCCAUGGAGAAUCAGACUGUAAUGGUGACAGAGUUUAUUUUGCUGGGAUUUCUCCUCAGCAGAGAGGUGGAGCUGCUGUUCCUGGUACUGCUACUGCCCAUGUUCUUGCUGACCCUCUUGGGGAACCUGCUCAUCAUCUCCGUUGUGCUGUCCCAUUCCCGCCUCCACAUCCCCAUGUACUUCUUCCUGUGCAAUCUUUCUGUCUUGGACAUCCUCUUCACUGCAGUCAUUUCCCCAAAAGUGUUGGCCAACUUAGUAUCUGGGGAUAAAACCAUCUCCUUUGCUGGGUGUAUCACACAGUGCUAUUUCUACUUCUUUCUGGGCACUGUGGAGUUUCUCCUGCUAACCAUCAUGUCCUAUGACCGCUAUGCUGCCAUCUGCUACCCACUGCGUUACAGCACCAUCAUGACACCUCCUGUUUGCAUUGGGACUGUUAUAUUCUCUUGGGUGGGAGGCUUCCUAUCUGUCCUGUUUCCAACCAUCUUCAUCUCCCAACUGCCCUUCUGUGGCUCCAACAUCAUUAACCACUUCUUCUGUGACAGUGGGCCCUUGCUGGCCCUCGCUUGUGCAGACACCACUCCCAUUGAGCUGAUGGAUUUUAUGCUUUCGUCUACAGUCAUCCUCUGCUGCAUAGUUCUUGUGGCCCAUUCCUAUAUGUACAUCAUCUUGACAAUAGUGCGCAUCCCUUCUGCGAGUGGAAGGAAGAAGGCCUUCAACACCUGUGCUUCCCACCUGACCAUCGUGGUGAUUUCGGGUGGUAUCACUGUGUUUAUCUAUGUGACCCCCUCACAGAGGGAAUAUCUGGAGAUCCACAAGAUCCCUUCAUUACUGAGCAGUGUGGUGGCUCCAUUCCUCAACCCCUUUAUAUAUACUCUGAGGAAUGACAUGAUGUUGGGGGUCCUCAGGGAUGUGUGGGCCAGGGUUCAAGUCAUUUUAGAAAAGAGGAUGAGGACAGUGCUGUGGAGCAGCUUGUCCUCCAACAAAGACCACUGA